AUGCUCUACUCCAAGCUUUUCUUCGCCGCUCUUACCGGCAUCACCUGUGUCGCGGCCAUGCCGGCGGAGCAGCCAGUCGCGGAUGCCAAAGCCAAAGCGUUUCCCCGCGGCGAAUGCCGCGAUGAACGUGACGACCUCUACUGCGGUCGCAGUGUCACGGAGUUCACUCGCUAUGAUGCGAAGAACAAGCUCUGCUACUCCAACGAUGGAGCUAACCGGCUAUUCUGUGCCAUCCGUGAGCAGCAGGAGCUGGCUGUCGAGCUGGCUCGGGAAUUUGAAAGAAUCACGAGAUGCGAGAUCGAUCAGUACUAUGGUACCAGAGAGCGUCGCUGCGAAUGCUACCGCCGCCGCGACGGAGACCGCGGUGGUAGGGACCGCGAGUGCCGUGAUGGCGACCGACGCGGUGGUGACCGCGAUGGUGACCGAGGCCGUGGUGACCGCGAUGGUGACCGAGGCCGUGGUGGUCGUGAUGGUGACCGUGGUCGCGAUGCCCACAACCCCAAUUGCAAAGGCGAUGAUGUUGCUUUCUGCGCGGCUAGUGAGACCUAUGUCAUCACCUAUGAUCGUGAUAACGAUGUUUGCGACAGAAACCGUGGCAACUACGUCUUCUGCGCCAACCGAGAGCGCGGCGCUGCCACUGACAAGGCCAGAGACCACUUCCGCGACCGCGACCGUAACAAGAAGCAGGCCUAG